CAGACGCUGCACGCAACGCGCACGCUGCCCUACGCCACGCCCGCCAUCUACGCCAUCAUAGCCGACGUGCCGCGCUACGCGGCCUUUGUGCCGUACUGCCAGGACUCGGUCGUGACGCGGUGGUCGCGCCCGGACGGGGUGACGGGCGCGCGCUGGCCCGCCGAAGCCACCCUCUCUGUCGGCUGGAACGCCCUGCGCGAGGACUUUGCCAGCCGCAUCUACUGCGCGCCGCCGCGGCCUGAGCAAAGCGAAGGCACUGGCAGGGCUGGCGAAGGCGAGACUGGUGAAGGUGUCGUCGAGGCCGUCGCGGGCGCCAGCCGCUCCCGCUUCUCUCCCGCCCACGUCCCCCACCACGACCUGCAGCACGAGCGCGAGACGGGCGCGCCAGGCACGCUGCUGACGCACCUGCUGACGCGGUGGUCCGUCAAGCCCGUCCCGACUACCUCCACUACUAGCAGCAGCAGCACAGCAGCCCAGCACUCCCAAGUCUCGCUCGACAUCGAGUUUGCGUUUGCGAACCCGCUGUACCAGGCCAUGAGCGCGGCAGCGACGCCGCACGUGGCGGGCAAGAUGAUCGAGGCGUUUGAGCGGCGCGUGGAGGAGGUUUUGGGGGGCGGGGCG